CUAAAUGACAGAAUGGCCCCCAGGGAUUUGGCAAUAGCAGUCAUCUUCUUAUCACAGACGAUAAUUGGAAUCCUGGGCAAUUUCUCUCUUCUUCACCAUUAUGUCUUCCAUUACCACACCGAAGGGAGUUUGAGACCCACAGAGUUGAUCCUCAUGCACCUGAUUAUAGCCAACUCCUUGACGAUGCUCUCAAAAGGUGUCCCCCAGACAUUGGCAGCUUUUGGGCUGCAAUAUUUCCUCAAUGAGUUUGGAUGCAAACUUCUUUUGUAUGUUCAGAGGGUGGGCAGGGGAAUGUCCAUUGGCAGCACCUGCCUCUUGAGUGUCUUCCAGACCAUCACGAUCAGCCCCAUGAACUCCUGUUGGAAGGAUCUUAAAACCAAAGCCCCAAAGUACAUUGGCUUCUCCAUUUCCCUCUGUUGGAUCCAGUUCACGUUUGUAAAUUUAAUUUUUCCUAUGUAUGUGUUAUAUGCAUCUAACAACUGGCACAUGAAAAACAUCACAAAGAAACGAGAUUACGGGUAUUGUCUUUCUGUAGAUACUGAGACAAUCACAGUUUCUGUAUAUGCAGCAUUGAUAGUAUUUCCUGAAGUUUCACUUUCUGGGCUCAUGAUCUGGACCAGCGGCUCUAUGGUCUUCCUCCUGCACAGACACAAGCAGCGGGUCCAGCACAUUCACAGCACUAAUGUCUCCCCCAGAUCCUCUGCUGAGUCCAGAGCCACCCAGAGCAUCCUCGUGCUUGUGAGCACCUUUGUGUCUUUCCACUUCCUCUCCUCCAUCUUUCAUGCUUGUAUUGCUCUUAUUUAUAAUCCCAGCUGGUGGCUGGUGAACACCGCUGCAGUAAUUUCCGUGUGCUUUCCAGCCAUCAGCCCAUUUCUGCUCAUGAGACAAGACUCCACAGUAUGUAGGCUCUGCUUUUCCUGGAUAAGGAACACAAAAUCCCUUAAUCUUACCAGAAAAAAUGUGAAUUGUAUGUGUCUGAGCAAUGCCCAGUUGUUUAUUUACUCCUCCUGCUGGAAAAGUCAAUACAGAACCUAGGAAGUAACCACAUGACUC